AUGGCGCGACUCGUGCGGAGAUCGACCACAUGCUCACCAGCCGGAGGUGGUGUAUACUUGACGUCUCAGUGGUAUCAUCCUUUUGUACUGGUUCUGAUAACCGUCUCCUUCGUGCGAAAAUGCGACUUAGCCACCCGAUGGAAAAGAACAUCUGCUAUCGGCAACGAAGGUGAAAAGAAGUCGUUUAGGACGAUUGCGUACUCGAGGACUGCUUGUCCUAAGGUGACUGGCACAUCGAGGAGGACCGUGGACUACGAGAUGCUGCUCAGAGGAUUCCGAGCCUGUGCUGAAUGCGCCUCGAAGCUGCGGACGACAAACUUGGAUCGAAUUUCGAAGACCACCAAGGAAUUGUUGGAAAAAAGAAGCACGUUGAGGCUUGAUCCGAGUGCAUAG